AUGCCAGGAUUAACAAAUGAUCAAAAGGAGUUUUUUGACAAAGAAGGAAUGUUAUGUAUUGAAAAUUUCCUAACACCAGAAGAAACUAAUCAAUUACUAGAACAAUCAAAAUUAUUAUUAACAAAAGUUGAUUUAUCUAACCACACCAAAACAACUUUCAAAACAGCAGACGAAGAUCACAUUGGUGAUAAAUACUUUUUCGAAUCAGCUGAUAAAACUUCUUUCUUUUUUGAUAUUGAUGCGUUCACAUCUAAUGGGGAAUUAACGGUGGAAUUAAGUAAAGCUAUAAAUAAAAUAGGUCAUGGUUUACAUAUUCAAAAUCCAUUGUUCAAAAAAGUAACUUUUAGUGAUUCAGUUAAACAAAUAGCUAAAGAUUUAAAUUAUAAAGAUCCAAAAGUUUUACAAAGUAUGUGCAUAUUCAAACAACCAAUAAGUGGAGACGUUAAGGAAAGAGAUAACGCAGUUCCUCCACAUAACGAUGCUACUUUCCUAUUUACCAAUCCACAAAGUGCUGUAGGAUUUUGGAUAGCUUUGGAAGAUUGUACUUUAGAAAAUGGUUGUUUAUCAUAUAUUCCAGGAACUCAUAAAACUUACCCUGUAAGUAAACGAUUUGUACGUACUAAUGGGUUACAAGGUGGGUGUAAAUUUGAACAAUUGGAAGAUGAAAAACCAGUUGAAGGUGAAUAUAAACAUGUUCCAUGUAAAGCUGGAUCUUUGAUAUUGAUACAUAAUUCUGUGUUACAUAAAUCUGAAAAAAAUAAAAGUGAUAAAUCUAGGUAUGCUUAUGCUUUUCAUAUUAUUGAUGGAGUUACUGAAUAUGAUAAUAAAAAUUGGUUACAAGUACCAUAUGAAGGUGGUAGUGAAUUUUCCAAAUUAUAUAAGAUUGAAGUAUAG